CAGGCUAUCGCCAUCCCCAGCCGAACGUCCCCGACCUACCUUGACGAGGAGGUCGCUUUAGCUUUAGCUUCUGGUCGCGCCGUGGAUUGAAUGCACCCCACGUGCGCCCCUCGCAACUCUCUUCGCCCAGCUGCCGUCGCGCUCCCUCCCUCGUUUCCGCUGCCCGCCCACGUCCCACGUUAGCCGCGCAUGAUGGAUUUCCAGUCCCCCCAGAACGGGAUGUAUGAUCCCUCGAGCUUCAUCGACCCGAGCGCAAUCGCGAAUCCCCAGAUGAAUGGCGCGCGCUCCUUCCCAAUGUCCUCGGUUCCCCAGAAACGAGACUCGACCGGCACCGCCCUCUCCCUGUCGCGCUCCCAGACGCCGUCGUCGCAGCAGCAGCAACAGCAGCCGCAGUUCAACUUCCAGCAGCAGCAGCAGGCCUUUACCAACACGCCCUCUCCCACUAUGCAGAGCCAGCACUUUGCGCCCGCCCAACUGAGCGCGCAGAGAAUGCAGACGGCGUCGCCUGCGCAAAAUCCCCACGCGCCGCAGAUGUCGCCCAUGGGCUUCCCCAGCUCUUCCAUGAACCAGCAGUUCAACCCCAACUCUGGCGGGCAGUUCCCGGUGCAGUCAGUUCAGUUGUCGGCAAAUCUGCAGAAUCGCCAAUUGGAGGCGCAGAGACAGUACGCCAUGCGAUUGCAGGCUCAAGCGCAACAGCAGCAGCAGCUGGGGAACCUGGCGGCGAGCAACAUGGCCGCGCAACAGCGGCAUCAGACAGGGCAGAUGCCUGGCACAAUGCAGCAUCCGGGCAUGCAGCCCAACAUGGCGCAGGCGCAAGCGCAGGUGCAACCGCAGGCGCAGCAGAACCCUCAGAUCCAAUUUCAGCACUUCAUUAAGAAUGUUGGCUCACUCAUGUCCCAGAAUCGACGCCCAUUCAACCCUCAGCCCAUGGUUGCUGGCCGCGUAGUCAACUUACAGAAUCUCUACGCCAUCGUAAUGAAGUUUAGGGGUUAUCAGUACGUUACACAAACGCAGAACUGGCCUCGUGUUGCGCAGAUGCUGGGAAUCCCUGCUCCUGAGGAGCUGCGCGUCGUCUACGAACAGAACCUAGGUCUUUAUGAGACCAUGUACAUUCGGAAACAGCAACAGAUGAAAGGCAUGCCCCCACAAGGACAGAUGGGAGCAAUGGGCCAGCAGAUGCCGGGGCAGCAGAUGUCACCGACCAGGCCACCUAUGUCGACGAAUCCGAGUAAUGUUUCAUCGCAACAGGACUACAUCGCACAGCUACAGAGAUCAAAGCAGGCUAUGGAGCAGCAACAACAGCAACGACAGUCGGUCCCACCAACACCACAGCAGCAACAGCAAUUUGACCCGGCAAUGCAACCGCAACAAUCAACACCACUACAAAACAACGCAGCCCUCCCGAGCCUCAACGGCCACAGUACACCUCAAGCAGACGGUAGCGCUCGGAAGAGCAUAAGUCGGCAAAUGGAAGGAACGCCCAAUCAAGGGCAAGAGUCAGGACAGGCUCUAGCAUCACCGCAGAAACAGGAGGAGCCUGCUGCUGUUCCAGAACCAGCUGUUGUAGAAGAGAUAGAGAAACGACAACCAGUGAUUGAACAAGAUGACGGUACCAGAGUCUAUCAGCCCGCGUACCGAACGCAGGAUACAUGGGGUGGUCUAGAUUUCGAUUCUGACAACUUCAAAAACAUGAUUGAGACCAUCACAACAUUCAAGCCGAACGUUCCACUACUACCGGAGAUGGGCAUGAUCGAUAUACGGGCUCUAACUAUGAGCCUUCGGUCGGGGCUUCACGCAGAGACCAGACUUGCAUUGGACGCACUUACGAGAGUAACGUACGAUAGCAGCAUACAGUUCGACCUAGGGAAAUGUGAAGACUUGGCAGAUGUCCUGGUAGAUUUUGCGGAAGACCAACUGGAAAUCCUGGGGAAUGAAAAUCCGGAAGUCACCGAUAUCCUGGACCUCACGCCGUAUGAAGACGUUUUACAUCAUUGCCGUGCAGAGGCCGCCACACUACAAGAAUUGCCAGUAUUUGGCACAAAGGAGUAUGAUUUGGAUCGAACUGCUGAUCGAUUGCUUGCGAUAACGACGAUAUUUCGAAACCUUUCAUUCCUUGAGGUCAAUCAUGUCUCACUCGUUAGCCCCGCAGUACUCAGAUUCCUAUCCAAUUUCAUACGGCUUGUCGGCACUCGAGUGCUGCUUCUGCGGUCACACAUCAAUACCUUCGACUUCAUGAAAGACAUCAUCACAUUCUUCUCCAACACAAGCGCCAAGAUCGUUCUACCCUCCCGAGAAGAUGCCUAUGCUGUGCUUCACUUCCUGUGUGCUUUCGCGCCCUGUCCUCGUCCUAGUUUCCCAGUCAAGUUCACACCUUUCAACCCGCAAAUACACCGCUACCUCCCGUCCGCUGUCGACAGUCUGGCAAAACUUCUUGCACGCGACGACCCCAAUCGAACAUACUACAAAGAGGUAUUUGUCAACGAAGCAACCUCAACGCCUCCCUACGACCUCUUAACGCGUGCCUUUGCACUCGCCGUCUCCGUCGUACCCGACCGCAAUUACAUCGAAAGCCGCAUGUACGCGAUGAAAGACCCGCGUGUUAAGGAAAUACGGGUGUUUGAAGCGAAAAUUGCCGAGUCACGGAAAGCAUACCUGAUGCAGGGUAUGCUCGCCGCCGACAUUCUCGCCAGUCUCGCCCCCGGCCCAGAAAGCAAUGUCUGCCGCUCCUGGCUCGAAUCAGAAGACGGUUGGGCGCACAGUCUGCUUAAGUUUGCAAUGAGCCUCUCUGCUACAGAUGCCGCUAUUCCACAUCCUCCUCUCCAGCCAAAUCACCGUGGCCAGCGCCCUAUGGAGCAUGACCGCGAGGGCUUUCACCUCAUCGUUCAUCGUGCGCUAAACACGCUGAAAAGGCUGGGGGACAAGAGCAAGGGCGGGGAUGUAUUGGUCAAGGGUCCACAGAGUCAUGGAUAUGCGAGUGAUGAUGAAGACGAAAGCGAGGAUGAAGACAUGGAAGUGUUUGCUGUGAAUGGGAGUAUGUGGAGAGUGAAGGCGGAUAUCUUGCCCAGAAAAGAGACGAUGCUUGGGGCAUUGUUAACAGCGCAAUUGGAUGUCAGGAGCUUGAACCAAUUCUGCAAGAUUGGGUAUUUGGACGAGUGAGUAGGGGUUUGGGGUCGCAUGGCGUAAUUGGAAGGGCUUGGGUGUGUAAGGGUAUCGUUUGUAAGACUUGCAUUGGUAGGCUGUUUUGAUGGGAUGCGACGCGACGCGGUUCGUUGGUUGUGCAUGAAGUAGCGAGUGCGUUGAAAUUCUGUACGACAGAAGAGGGUGUACGAUGCUUCGCUUUCUUGGUUUGUACUGUGUACUCUACUUUUUUUCUUACUCUGCAAGAAAGAGAAAUCGUCUUUUGCGAAAUGAACGUAAGGCUAUCCAGCAGCUUGCUCAAUCAACAUGUUCUGUUCAUCCAAUCAAUCAAUCGUACG